AUGGUCAGGCUGGGAGGAAUUAAUAGAUCGGGGUUAUCGCGACUAUUCGCGAUUCUACUUGUUUUUGUUAGAGUUCUAAAGGAAAAUUACAAAUUUGAUCUGACCAAUCAACACAGAGCUGAACUCAAUCAGUAUCUACAAAUGGUCAUCGAGAAAUUGGUCGACAAUGAUGCCGCUGUUUAUCAGUACUUGUCUGUACUGAAGCUCGCGACUAACAGAGAUUUAUCGCCAAAUCUCUAUCCUGUUUUGUAUACAUUUGCAGUGGUUGUCAUGCAAGACAGUCAUACGCUCCCACCGGAAAUUCUUAAGCAGUACGAAGCGUCACCUGCAAUUAAAGGGUCGCCAUUGUCGAUGCACGAAAUUCGUCGCCUUAUUCACGAACGCAUUCAACUCAAAAUUACGGCUGAAUUCAAGGAAUACCAAUAUGUGGAAACAGUUUUUGGCAAACCUAGUGAUUACGAAGAGUUAGUUGCACAUGCAAUUAAGGUCAGGAACGAAACCUUGAAAAUAGCAGACAAGCAUCCUGGAGUGUUCUCCUUCAUUGAUAGUAAGAAGCGAACUGAAUUAGUUAAGUCGGCAGAUCCCUUUCUAUCCGAGUUUUUGGAGCAAGUGCAGAAAGAGGAGAAAAGGGUCAAGAAGAAAAGGACGACUUUUCCAGCUUCUUCCAGCCAGCCCUUUCGGGGCAGGGAUUCGACAUGGCGCCCCGAUUCCGGGCUUUCGAAUACAUGCCAAGAAACAAGCCUUACCUCAGCAUGGAGCGCAGCAGAUACGGAAACCGCUUGGCGUCUCGCACGCCUUACCAGAAAUUCCGGGGAGGCAAGUCCGAGAGAUCUAGAAGUCGUGCUUCCUCUUCGAUUCACGAUCACAUCUCUAUGUGGGAUGGCUCUCGAGCCGAAUGCUUUGGUUCUCGAUACCAUUAUUAACGGAUACACGAUCCCAUUUGAGACGGUUCUCGAGCCCCUACCUAGAGUUGAAAAUCGUAAAUCAGCUCGGAUGAAUGCAGCUUUCAAGUCGCUUUUUGCCAUAAACUCGUUCUCCACCCUCUGCGUGGCAGAGGGUAAGAAGUUGAGAUUGGUUUUGGACCUUUCUGCUCUCAAUAGAAUUUUGACAAGGGAGCACGUGAAAUUCGAUGAUUUGGCGAGAGUGCAACAUCUUUCACCCAGGGAAGGGUUUAUGACAACGUUUGACUUGAAAGGAGGUUACCAUCACAUUCGAUUCUGCCCUUCGGUUUGGCAACUGCGCCUCAUAUUUUUACAAAAAUGCUUAGACCCCUUAGUCAGAAAAUGGAGAGGAGAAGGCAAAGGCGUGGCGAUGUACUUGGAUGACGGGCUAAUUUGGCCAGUUCCAGGGACGAAUGCGAAAGAGUAUCAGCCGCUAUUAGAAACGAUCUCAGAUGUUUUGGCAGAAGACAAGUGCCGUUGGUUCCCGACUACUCGCACCAUAUGGUUAGGUUACGCCAUAGACUUGAAACAGUUCGAGAUCUCGAUCUCAGUUGAAAGGAUAGAUAGGGCAAUCGUUCUGCUCAGACGUAUGUUGAAAGAAAGAGCUCCGUCGUUACACACAAGACUGAGAUGGACGGGCACACUUGCAUCGAUGAGUCUAGUGAUUUCAGAUCAAGAUAAAAGGCAAUCCAGGUCCGUGGCAACUGAGGUGGCAGCAGCGCAAUCACGUGAGUGUUCUCUUGGUUAUAGGUGGUCACUGUCCACCAGAGAGAAAAGAGAUAGAUUUUCGGAUAAAUCGACUAAAGCAGGACUGUUUAGUUCACUUUCACCAUCGAAGGAGCUCUCCAUGCCAGAUUUCACUAUAGAAGUUGAUGCCUCAGCCCACUCAGUGGGGGCAGUACUGAAAGGGGAAGAUACGAAUCUAGCACAAGUAGAGAACUGUUUGCGUUACAUUUCGGUUUGCUUACAUUUGGCCCCACACUUUCGGGUCACAUUUUUGUUGAAAACAGAUAACCAGGGAGCAUGCAGAAUACAUAAAGUAGGAAGCCUAAUCGAGGACCUACAAAAGCAAGCAGAAGGCAUUUGGGAACUAGAAACUUGGUAUCCCUUGUGGUUAGUACCUCCUCCUAGUUUGGUUGCUAAAUCGUUAUCAUGGGCUCGUCACCAUCAAUCGCUGGGAAUUUUGGGGUGCCCGUAUUGGCCAUCGCAAGCCUACUUUCUCAUACUGAAACCGGAUGGUCAGAGAUGGGCCAAUUUUGUGCGGAACGGUGUGCUAUUCCCAGUAGGAUCGAGACUUUUCGAACCAUGUCCAAAUUCUAAGGUGUUGAACAGCGAGUUCCCGAAGGUGCGAUUCCUGUUCCUACUGAUAGACUUCAGGGAAGCUAAAUUACCACGAAGGGAGCUCAAUUUCUGA